CUAGAAGCAAUCAUCUUCACACAUGAUGGCUUUCAGCAGAAUUACAUUGGUUUUCGUGUUCUGUUUUGGAAAAUCGUUUGCAGAAUUCAAUUCGUCUAUCGAAUUGAAUGGAUUUGGCUAUGAAGUUACAUUGGCUGGUUUGGACUCCAUGAACUACAAUAUCCAAAUGGAUCAACUGAAAUCAAAGGAAUAUUUUGAAACGCUUCAGACGGAAAUUAAUGACAUUCGACGCACUAUUCAGAACACUGAAACGUUGGUGUUAUGGCUUUCGAGGGUUGUUUCAAAAUUGGAGUCAAAUGUAGAAACAAAUUUAGACCUAUUGGCAAUGAAUAUCACGAGAAUGCUGGUCAGUGCUGGUAAAAUCCAAAACACCCUACAAUUGCAGCCGAGUACGGAAACAAUGAAUGAUCUGGUGUUAAGAAUUGUUGCACAUAGCUUCCAGAACAAAGCUGGAGCAACCAGUAAAUUUGCCUUCACAAAUCUUCAACAAGUUCCUCAAACGUGCUCGGAUGUUACCUCUCGAAAGUCAGGUAUAUAUGAGCUCCGUCCACAACCUGGCUUCGAGAAAUCUUUUCAGGCGUAUUGCGAUCUAGAUUAUGAGGGUGGAAAUUGGACCGUGAUUCAGAAUCGAUACGAAGGCACAGUCGAUUUCUAUCGUGGCUGGCAGGAAUACGAGGAUGGUUUCGGUAGUUUGGAAGGAGAAUUUUGGCUGGGACUGAAGAAAAUUCAUGAACUGACCCAUGCAAAACCUCACGAGCUGCAUAUCGUUAUGGAAGAUUUCGAGGGCAUCACAGCUGUGGCCAAGUACAGUCAUUUUCAAGUGGGAGGUGCUGGUGAGAAAUAUGCGCUCAUAAAGUUGGGUGAUUUCAGCGGAGAAGCUGGGGAUUCGUUGAGUUCGGCACUCAACGCCAAAUUCACUACCUUGGAUGCGGAUCACGAUACUCACAAAGAUGGCAAUUGCGCUGUGUACUAUACUGGAGCUUGGUGGUAUCGUGCUUGCCACAAUAGUAAUCUCAACGGCCAGUACAUGAGAGGAAAAGUGGAUGUUCACGCUAAAAUGAUGUGUUGGAAAGCCUUCAGAGGACAUAAUUAUGGAUUGAAACGUUCUAGAAUGAUGAUUAGAGUUGUUUCAGUGUGAAGUGAUAAGGUCUAUCGUCUAAGCCAUUCCAAAUAAAGAAGAUAAAACAAAUCGAUAGCUCCGGUUUG